AUGACAUCAGCCCGCCGAUUAAGACAAGCCUACCUCCUCGAAACACUUGCUCCCGAGUCGCAAAGGGAAGCGCAUGUUUGCUACUCGAUUUGGCAUCAGUCAACCAACUUUGAUGACCUUUUUCUCUAUGAAGCAUGCAUCCGAUCAAUACUGGGAUCGCAACGAAAUUUCGGGAAGGUGCGAAUCGUGCGAAAGCAGUUAGAGGUCCGCUUCCUGCACGAUCGAUCUGAGGUUCGAAUCCGCCCAAGUGCUCACCAAGCCUUUCAUCCCUCCGGAGUCGAUCAAUUGGGAACUGGUUGGGUUCGUGACAUUUGGAUAACCAACAGCAUGUGGAGCUUAGAACGGGACUUCAUGCUACACGGAAUGAAAGAAAGUGACCGUUCAACGAUCCCGGAUGGGCUGUUCUCUUGGCUGAGGUCACGAAUAUCUUCGCGAUUCACUUGGUAUCCUCCUCUAACAAAGGAUCUGGAUUUGAAACAGUGUCCAACUGGGAACGUGGAAUGGCACUACGACACGCGGUUACGGGUACCACGAGCGACCAUUGAGGAACAACUACGAGAGAUCGCGCGAGUCGUCGAGAAGGAACGUUGGAGCGCACUGGGUCGGGUGAAGGACUACUUGUGA